AAGAUCCAUUUAUCGCAUGAUAUGUUACACGAAGUGUUCAAACCAAGGGGUCAUAUGUCCACUAUGGUGAUGAUGACGAUGACCGAAUGGUUGAUGAAACAAGAAAAGGCGAAGGCCCUAAUCAAAGACGGGGUCCCUCGUCCGACACGACACAUGUUCUCAAGUUCUUUUGUGAACAAUUUGUUGAAUUUCGAUAAAGUACAAGAUCAGAAGGUCAUUGAAGAUCCAGUUGAUGCAAACAUUUUGGGAUACGAUGUCGCAAUGUGCAAUGUGGCAAGUUUUACAGUCUACUUUUUGUCAAACUAUCAUUGUCCUGUAUUUGUCCACCAUGCUUGGGUCCCGAUAAUACUUAUUUGCAAUUCCUUGUGGCUUUAUGCAGCUGUUUCUACCGGUGUUGUUGACUGAUAUUGAACAUUGGUAUUGUGUUGUUGUCAACUUGGUGGAUAAGCGGAUUGAAGUUCUUGACUCAAUGGUGUUAAAAACUACCAAUAAGAAGGUAGCUACUGUUACAGUGGUAAGCACAGGCCAGACAUGUUUGUUGAUUAU